AUGUCGUCUUCCAAGUCAUCGGUCGUCUCCGAUACCGCCUCCCAGGUUACACUGGCAGACAAUGCCUCGACCUACUCCAAGACCGAUGCACCCUCUGAUUCCAAGAAGCCCAGCCUCCUCAAUCUCCUCCGAGGAAACUCACCACCGAAAUCGCCAUCGCCUAGCCGACCAUCCAAGAGCAGUACAGAUCCAUACAAGAACUGGGAGGCUCGGUACCAAGCAGCGAACUUGCGGUGA